AGGAGAGUCUUCACAUGGAUUAUUCUUCUGUCUUUAAUUUCAAUGAGGAACACUCAGUGCAGAAACCCCAUAACCCUUCUAGCCAUUAAUCUCCUUCACCUCUCCUUUGCUCUCCAUCUCAUAAUUUCUAUAGCCGUCGCCGAUAAUCUUUUCAUCAACUGUGGCUAUCCUUCCAACAUCACAAAUUAUGGGCGGAACUGGACCACAGACGUCAACUCUAACUUCAUAUUUUCUGCGCAUCCCAACACGUCAACAACAUCUGAAGCCUCUAAUCAAGGCCAAAUUCCUUACACAACAGCUCGUCUCUUCUACUCGCAGCUCACGUACUCACUUCCAAUCUCACCCGGCUCAAAAUUCAUCCGUUUCUACUUCUAUCCAAUUUCAUAUCCUGGUCUUGAUGAUAUAACUAAGUCCUUCUUCUCUGUCUCUGUAAGUAACUUUACUCUUCUCCAUAACUUUAGUGCCUCCCUUACUGCAAAUUACCUCAUGCAUGAGUAUUUUACCAAAGAAUUUUGUGUCAAUAUCGAGGGCCAUAUAUUGAACAUAACAUUCACCCCAACCUCAUCAAAUCCUUCCAUAAAUGGCUUCGUGGGCGGCUUUAUUAAUGGAAUUGAAAUCGUUUCCAUGCCCCUCGAUCUUUAUAUUCCUGAAAAAGGAAUUCCUAUUGUGGGUAUUAAGCAUUAUCCAUUCUAUUUGGAUAAAUACACAGCCCUUGAGAUGGUUUACAGAUUAAACGUUGGUGGAAAUGAAAUCAUACCAAAUGAGGAUACAAGCAGCUUGUUUCGAACCUGGUCUCCAGAUGACAAUUACUUAUUCGGAGCUGCCACUGGUGUUGAGUAUUAUAACUUGACGGUUGAGAUUCGUUACCCAUCAACAGUACCCAUAUAUACUGCACCAGAGAUAGUCUACCGGAGUUACCGAUCAAUGGGUCCAACUCCUGCAAUCAAUGCCCAAUACAAUUUGACUUGGAUGUUCAGUGUUGAUUCUGGAUUCUAUUAUCUUCUUAGGCUCCAUUUCUGUGAGAUUGGCUAUUGGAUCACAAAAGUUAAUGAAAGGGUGUUCUAUAUCUUUAUUGCAAAUGAAACUGCCAACGAUGAAAUGGAUGUCUUCCAUUAUAGUGGUGGCAAUGGUGUGCCUAUGUACAUGGAUUAUAUUGUGUCCAUGGGAAGCUCAAGUGGACGGAAAUUAGAUCUAUGGCUUGCACUACACCCUGCCAUACAUGAAAAACCAAGAUGGUAUGAUGCUUUUUUAAACGGGCUUGAAAUCUUUAAAUUGAACCAGACCAGUGGCAAUCUCGCUGGAGUUAAUUUUCCACCAACCCAACUGGUUCAAGGUUCAACGAAGCUCCCCCUUCGUGAACAUCAACAUAAUUGGGUUGUGCAUCUUGUGAUCAUAAUCGUUGGAGCCAUCGUAAGUGUUUUUCUUGUUACCCUUGGUCUUGUAAUUUUCUUCAUUACAUGUGUGAGAAGGAAUGCGAAGGCGAAAAGCAGGGUCUCGAAGAAAACCAACCGUUGUCGUCGAUUUACUUUUGCUGAGAUAAUUGCAGCAACUGAAAACUUUGACGAGGCUCAUGUGAUCGGUAUCGGUGGGUUUGGUAGAGUAUACAAAGGCCACAUCGACGGUGGUGCAACUACUGUUGCAGUGAAACGAGGUAAUGCAACGUCAGCACAGGGUGCUCGAGAGUUCCAGACUGAGAUCGAAAUGCUCUCCAAUCUACGUCACAACAACCUCGUCUCUCUUAUUGGUUUCUGUCAAGAAGGUGAAGAGUUGAUCCUUGUCUAUGAUUACAUGGUCCAUGGUACCCUCCGUGAACAUCUUUAUAGUACCCAUGGCCAUAAUCUGCCGCUUACAUGGAAGCAACGGCUCAGGAUCUGCAUCGGAGUUGCACGGGGGUUAGAGUACCUUCAUUCAGGCGCAGAGCAUACAAUCAUCCACCGCGACAUGAAGACAACAAAUAUCUUGUUGGAUGAAAAAUGGGGGGCUAAGGUCUCUGAUUUUGGGUUAUCAAAAUUAGGUCCCAUGGACCUCUCACAGAGCCACGUCAGCACACAAGUGAAAGGUACUCAUGGUUAUAUAGAUCCAGAAUACUUUCAAAUCCAUCAAAUCACGGUGAAAUCCGAUGUGUACUCAUUUGGCGUAGUUCUGUUUGAAGUGCUAUGUGGGAGGCCACCAGUGGUCAUCAGGCAGGUUGACGCAGAGCAAGUGUACUUGCCCGAUUGGGCUGCACAAUGUUAUAGGAAAGGGACCCUCAAUCAAAUCGUCGAUCCUUUUUUAAGGGGUAAGAUUGCAUCAAAUAGUUUGAAAAGUUAUGGAGAGAUUGCAGUGAAAUGUGUUGCUGAAUGGGGAAUCGAACGGCCAACGAUGAGUGAAGUGUUGUGGUACCUAGAGUUUGCAUUACAGUUGCAAGAGACUGCGGAUGAAGAUAAUAUCGCCGUAGAAACGGAGGGCAACCUUGAGAUGAUGGUGUCAGGUGCAGGGAAUAGUGAUGGUGGUGGAGGUGGCAAUAGCUAUAGCAUGUGCGAUUGGAGGAGGGCUAGCAACACUAAUAGCGUGAAAAUCCUGAGAAGGAGUUCCUCAGACACGACGGCGGAUAGACGUCGGAAAAUGUCUAUGGCCAGCGGCUGAAGGAGCAUGUGGUGAUGCCUACUCCUAACCUACUGUUUCCCUUAUUAUACACAUUUCCAAUGCCCAGCCAAUAAGAUUUGAUGUUUAGGUUGUGUCGUAUUAUGGGGUCAUUUCUAUAAUCUGUGUAGAUCAGGUUUUCAUGUUAGAAUCAUUUUCGUGCCAUCUGAUUUACAUAGAUGGAAUCUACACUAGGGAUUUAUCUUUGUGCAUUCCAUCUGCGUGAAUCAUUUUCGUAAAAAAUGAUUUUAAUUUUCGUAUGGAAACCUAAUCUGCGCUCUUCUAUAAUGAGGGUUGGCAAAAGCCUAUGUGUGUUUGUGUGCCACUGUUUUCUUAUUUUUAGAAAUCAUGUAUCAAUAUUAUCCUUAUAAUAAAGCAAUGGAAUGGAUUGUUUUACU